GUCUUCGCUCUUAUACCCUUUUCACUUUCUCUCAACUCGUCACCAUGACCGCUGUGGAGUCUGGCUCGAAGGUUCUCCGGAUGAAGGAGAGCGACGCGCAGAAGCUGCUCGCGAUGCGCUGCCACAUCGGCACUCGCAACCAGAGCAGCGCGAUGAAGAAGUACAUCUUCGGCCGCACGCCGGAGGGCAGCAACAUCAUCGACAUGCACAUGACGUGGGAGAAGCUUGUGCUGGCUGCGCGCGUGAUCGCGGCGGUGGAGAACCCGAAGGACGUGUGCGUGUGCUCGUCGCGGCUGUACGGCACGCGCGCCAUCUACAAGUUCUCGCAGCACGUGGGCACGAGCUUCCACGGCGGCCGCUUCAUCCCCGGUACGUUCACGAACCAGAUCCAGAAGAAGUUCAUGCAGCCGCGCGUGCUGAUCGUGACGGACCCGCGCACGGACCACCAGGCCAUCCGCGAGGCUGCGCUUGUGAACAUGCCGGUGAUUGCGCUGUGCGACACGGACGCGCCGCUGGAGUUCGUGGACAUUGCGAUCCCGUGCAACAACCGCGGCAUCAAGUCGAUCGGCAUGAUGUACUGGCUGCUUGCGCGCGAGGUGCUGCGCCUGCGCGGCACGAUCGUGCGGUCCGUGCCGUGGGAGGAGAAGGUGGACCUGUUCUUCUACCGCGACCCCAACGAGGCGGCGGAGGAGAAGGCUGCUGCUGCGGCGCCCGCUGCGGAGGCGGAUGAGGGCUUCGGCUGGGUGGAGCGCGCCGACGACAACGCGUGGGAGGCGUAA